CCCUCUCGUCCUCGUCGCACUUUGCAAUAACGGCGAGCUGCGUCGCAUAUUCAUUCGCAGAUCAUGGCUUCUUUACUGGGAGCCGAUUAUGACUCGUCCAGUGACGAUGAAGUCAAGAAGUCCGUUCCGGCGGUAACAGCAGCGACCAAAGUUGUCGCGGCGCCAGAUGUCAACGUAGAGGAUCAAGCGCACAUGCAGAUGAUGCUCGCUAAUACGUCAUCACAAGCCCUGACUUAUAACGCGACAUACGAUGAUCUAUCUCGGCCGUCUCAGGGGCCUGCGAACCCUUUUCGACCAGCUGGGUCGGGUAACGGCCUCAAGCGCAAGAAUGUACCGACUGGGCAUGCCGAAGAAACUGCGAUCAGUGAGGCGACUUUCCGUGAGCAGCACCGGACAUUUCAGAGUUUGGGCUACACGCGCGACCCGACGAGGCCAGGCCAGUUUGUUGGAAGCCUUGAGAGUGCCGCGCAACAUGGCGGGAAAGACGUGGUGCAGAUGAAGCCCUCGAAAGAGGUCUCUGCAGCCUUGCGAGCUAAGAGGCAGAAGAGGGGUGAUCCGAGCAUCGUCGAAGGAGAGGGCGCCUAUCUGGGUCCGUGGGCCAAGUACGUCGACGACGACCAGGUCUAUGAAGAAGAAGCUGCAGAGGCUGGCCAGGAGCUAGCUAGUGACGAGGAAUACGUCGAGGAAUUACUUGCUCCGACAGAUGCUGCUCCUAUUCCCAAAGAAGCAACGGAUUAUCAUGAUGACUCGUCGCAGACGGAGACAACAGAGUUCCACGGUUCUGAACAGUUCGAUUAUCUGGGAAGGACGUAUAUGCAUGUCCCGCAGGAUCUGGAUGUCGAUCUGAAGAAAGAGCCCGGGAGUGUCAAAAACUACGUACCGAAGAAGCUUAUCCAUACCUACAAGUCUCAUACAAAGGCUAUCACAUCCCUGCGCUUCUUCCCCAAUUCGGGUCACCUAUUGCUGUCUUCGGCUGCAGAUGGAAAGGCGAAGCUAUGGGAUGUUUAUCACUCACGGGAGCUGCUGCGAACAUUCUCUGGUCAUUCUAAGGCGAUCACGGAUACGAAUUUCCACCCGACAGGCACAACGUUCCUUACCGCUUCGUACGAUAGACAGAUCAAGCUCUGGGAUACGGAAUACGGCAAGUGCUUGGGACGCUUCUCGACAGGAAAGACACCCCAUGUUAUCCGAUUCAACCCCGAUCCUGAACACUCGCACGAGUUUCUUGCCGGUAUGUCGGAUAAGAAGAUUGUUCAAUUCGAUACACGAUCGGGCGAGCUCGUCCAGGAAUACGAUCAUCACCUUGCCGCCAUCAACACGAUCACAUUCGUUGACCAGAAUCGGCGCUUCAUAUCCACCUCUGAUGACAAAUCCUUGCGUGCUUGGGAGUACAAUAUCCCUGUCCCAAUCAAGUUCAUCGCCGAGCCUUAUAUGUACGCUCUAGUGCGUGCAGCACCACACCCCAACGGAAAAUAUGUCGCCUUCCAAUCUGGAGAUAACCAGAUUGUCGUCUACGCAUCGACCGACAAGUUCCGCCAGAACCGCAAGAAGAGUUUCCGCGGACAUAACAAUGCCGGAUAUGCGAUCGAUGUGUCGAUCUCGCCAGAUGGCCAGUUUGUCACCUCUGGAGAUAGCGGUGGCUACGUGUGUUUCUGGGACUGGAAGACGGGCAAGAUGUAUCACAAGAUCCAAGCCGGAGGAAAAGAAGGCCAGGCUGUCACCUGUGUUGACUGGCAUCCACAGGAGACGAGUAAGGUCGCUACGGGUGGUCUGGAAGGAGUCAUCAAAUACUGGGAUUGAUUUUUAUUUUGGGGGGUUCAUAAUAAGAACCAGAAAUCCUGUUGUUUAUUGCAUCGUCACGAAUCCGGGUGAUGAACGUUUGCUUUUCUUCAAUCUGUCACUGGCGUGUAUGCCUGCAUUCCCCUGUAAAGUUAGAUAAAUAGGCUGAAGGUGAUAUCACCAAGAAUAUCAGAUACUGGUUGGGA